ACCAUGGCGGUGUAGGGGUGAAGAUGAGUGCUGCGAUCGGAGGAGAUGAUGGAAUCUGUGCUCACGACGACGACUAACAAUCUGGAGGUCGUACACGAAGGCUGGCUCAUCAAAUCGCCACCUACCAAGCUAUGGAAAGCAAGAUGGAGGCAAAGAUGGUUUACUCUUCGACACAGCGGGGAGUUGCCUGGCCAGUACUUUUUAGAAUACUACGAAGACAAAAGGUGCAGAAAACUUAAGGGCAGGAUCGACCUCGAUCAAUGCGAACAAGUCGAUGCAGGCUUGAGUUUAGUCAAUCGAAAAGAAAGAUAUCAGUAUAUGUUCAAUGUGAAAACUCCAAAAAGGGUUUACUAUCUCGUAGCAAAGAGUGAAACUGACGUGAAUAAGUGGGUGGAUGCUAUUUGCCAAGUUUGUGGUUUGAAAGCCUAUACUCAGUAUGAGGAACAAAAUUGCCAAAGUAAAUUUUUCCUCUUUAAAUCGUCAACCGUUAUACCAGGGAGGGUACUAGUUGUUUAUUUCAAGUUGUUUGGUAUUCCAGUGUUCUAUGAUUCUCAAGAAUCUCCUCCUGUUUCACCUAAUAGUAUAUCGGGUCCAUACAUUUCAAUCAGUGAAUGUAUAUCUGGCCCAUGUCUUCACGAUGCAAAUUUAAGUUCCACGACAGAACAGACCAUCAACGUUUAUAAUAUUGUUAGAAAACUAGUGCCAACUCCACCAAGAUCUCCAAAUACCUAUGCCGAGAGCAUUAUUACUGACGAAGAAAGUCUCUCUUCAUUGCCAAACGUCAAUUGGGACACUUUUCCUUUUACAGACGAUUUAAAACUUGAAUUUAGACCUUGCAAUGCAGGAUUAGAAUCUUGGAGCGUGAAAAAAAGAUUUGGAAAGUUGAGAAUUGUUGAUUCCCACAAACCACCUGCUGCCGAUGACGUUCUAAUUGCACCAAGGCCUCCAAAACCGCCUUUAAUCGCUCCAGAAAAUUCGGCUCAUAAUUAUUUAAAUUUGGACGGAGCAAUCGAAAGCUCAAAACCAACAACCCCAUCAACACCCCAUCAACAAAGUAUAGAACAGCAGAAUACAGGUGUGCCAAAAAAUCAAGUAAAAACUACACAAGCUCCAGUUACCAAAUCGUCUAGACUUCAAACGUCCCCACCACAAGAUGCUAACACGGACGAUCACGUUUUUCGAUACGAUUUUGAUACCAAAAAUAAUCAUCUGGAUUAUGCAGUAUCAACAACAUACUCCCAUUCGUUAAGUCUUUCCAACGAGGAAAAUGCUAAUGCAGAACCUAAAAUUAAUGGACCAGCUCCACCUUUGGUAUUCAGGGAAUUGAAGCCAGGAAGAAAAACGAAUAACUCGAACAUAAGUAUCGAACUGUCACCUUUCACAUCUCAUAAAGAAACGAAUGCCGUUGAAUCGACACCAUUCGAGCCACCGAGUAUAAAUCGGAAACUUAAACCGCCGGUGACAAAGUCGAAUGUCGAUGAUCUGCUGCUACUUUCUUUGCCUCUAGGAGAAGAAACAAUAAAAUCGAUUUCUAGUCCUACUUUCGUGUCAAAAGUAAAGAAAGGUCGUCAUGCAUCUGUGUCAGAUGAUGAUAAUAAUCCAUUUAAACACAAAGAAGAUAAGAUAAACUUUUAUCAAGAUAACGAGGCUUUUAUACCAGCAUCAGCUCAUGGAUUAUUGCAUUUGCAAUACUUGGAUCUAGAUUUGGAAAAAUCGGAAAAUGGAGAUAACGCGACCUCAGCACAGUCUUCUCAAGCAUCAUUAUCGGCAACAGUGUAUAAAACCGUUGACUUUACCAAAACCGAGGCUUUUAAUAAAACAAGACAGAAGGUAGAAAGGGAAAGAAAGCAAUGUGCGAACGAGAUGACGUAAAGAUUUGAAUUGAAAACAUUUCAUUUCUAAUUCUUGUAGAGAGAGAGAGAGAGAGAGAGAGCGCUUCCACCGUUGUCAUUCGCAAUAUUGAAAUAGCGAAAUUAAAAUCUUUUUUUUAUCUUAUAAAAACAAUACAUAAAUAAAAUUUGUAUAGCGAUUAUUAAAAUUAGCGUAAGUUGACAAAAAAUAUUUUUCAUUAAGUUAUGACGAUAAGAAAAAACCAAAAAUAAUUUAUAUAUAGAAAGAUUAAAGAUAUUUUGUAAAAUUAUAUAUUGAAUUUUAGAUACGAACUUUAUUAAGAAUUAUAUAUAAAAUCUUUCGCGUAUUGUAACUAUUAUACAGUAAUACUGUAUCAAUAAUUUGUGAUUUGUGAAAUGAUGUAUGUUUCACAACUAGUUAUAGCUGGUUAUAGUUAUAGCUACCAUUGAGAUAGACUGUUUCUACUUUUCAUCAUAAAGCUGUUUGAACAGAGAAUCGGUAUUUACCGUGACCAAAAUUACAUUUUUUUUACUGCAAACGUCAAGUAUUUAACAUGCACAUACACAUCAAUAUUAACAAUUAUAAGAAAAUAUAUUGAUUAAAUGUCUAAAAUUAAAUCGACACGUGAGAUAAUAUUGUUAAUUAGAAAAAUGUAAGC